UAGUGCAGAGUUCUUCCAAGAGUAAUGUGGAUACUUUCAGUAAAGUGGUUUCCACUGUAGCUGAAGAGUGCAUAUUGGACUGCAAGCUUUGGACACUUUUUCCAAUCAUGGUGUAGUGCUAGUGCGUCAAUGCAAAAUGGGGAAGCGGAAGUUUUCAGGGUUGGAGGUGACUCUGACAGUCAUGUUCCUGCUGAUGACAACAGUGGCUGUUGCUUUAGUUGUUCUAAUGGCUACUGGGGAGCCUUCGGUCAUCAAAGACGAGACUACAGACACCAUGGUUCCAGAAUGUCCCAAUAUUCCCCUGGCGGAGAGAGUCGACUGUUUCCCUGAUGCCGGUGCAUCUAAGCUGGGGUGUCAGCAGCGAGGAUGUUGUUGGAGCCCAUUGGACGAGAGAAACGCUCCAUGGUGCUUCUUCUCCACCAAUCACGGCUACUCUGUGGUCAGAGAGGAGCAAUCCAACAGCUACAGCUUGUCGGCCCUUCUGAAGAGGAAGGUUGCCCCCUCUCUGUUUGGUGAAGACAUAGAGGAGCUGUCUUUCCAUGCUGACAUGCAGACAGUGAACCGACUCAGAUUCAAGAUCACAGAUGCCCACAAACAGCGAUUUGAGGUUCCCCAUGAGCACAUCAAGCCCCCUACCACCCAUCCCUCUGGCCCCCGUAACUACGAGAUAGAGCUCAAACACAACCCCUUCGGCCUCCAAGUACGCAGGGCAGCCACCAAGAAAGUCCUGUUUGACACCACAGUGGGUCCACUGGUGUUUGCUGAUCAGUACCUGCAGCUGUCUGCCAGACUGCCAUCCCAUAAUAUAUACGGGCUGGGAGAACACGUCCAUCAGAACUAUCGUCAUGACACCAACUGGAGGACCUGGCCUAUCUUCACACGAGAUUCAUUUCCUAAUGGGGGGACACAUAACCUCUAUGGUCACUAUCCCUACUUCCUCUGUCUGGAGGACGAGAGUGGCAAGUCCUUCGGAGUCUUCCUCAUGAACAGCAACGCUAUGGAGGUGACGCUGCAGCCAGCUCCAGCGGUGACCUACAGAACCAUUGGAGGAGUUCUGGACUUCUACAUCCUGCUGGGAGACACACCUGAACAGGUGGUCCAGGAGUUCCUGGAGCUGAUCGGCAUGCCAGUGAUUCCUCCAUACUGGUCUCUGGGCUUCCAGUUGUCUCGUUGGGACUACGGCAGUCUGGAUGAAGUCAAGAGAACCGUGGAGAGGAACCGAGCUGUCGACCUGCCAUAUGACAUCCAGUAUACUGACAUUGACUAUAUGGAAGAGAAGAAGGACUUCACUUAUGAUGAAGUCAAAUUCAAAGACCUCCCUCAGUUCGCUGAUUACUUGCACGAGAAGGGACAGAAGUACAUCCUCAUAUUGGACCCGGCUGUGGCCAUCAGUAAGAGGAUCAACGGGCCGUAUGAGGCCUAUGACCAAGGAACACUGAAGAAAGUCUGGGUCACUGAGGCUGAUGGAGAGACUCCUCUGCUGGGAGAGGUAGGUGGGAAGGGAAAACCUUGUCAGUUGCACAACUGA